UUGGAUGGAUUUCGCUGUGGUCUGAGCCACUUCAGUCUGGAGGCUGAGACCGAGAGAGUGAGAUGAGAGAGAGCGACCACUGCAGAUACGCCUGGUUUUAUAUGUUCCACUCUUAUAAGGAUAACUCACUCACGAACAAGCUCGCAGCUCGCAGGACUCCCGGUCACACUGUGAGAUCCAACUCCUCCGUCCUGCAUUGGUGACACGCAGUGAGAAGGCUUCUCUUGGCUGUGCCUGAGCACUCCUCAGACACGUCCCUGUCAUCCAAAUGCUGUGUGUCGAACGUGGUGCCAGUUGCCCUCUCUGAGUUAUGAUGACGGCUGCUUCUUUGACUUAGGAAAGAGGAUCCCCAUGCACUCACCAGUGAGCAAAUCACAUGAUGUAAUGAAGGGUCCAAGGAGUCUACUCUUCAAGGAGUCUGCCAACAGGAUAUGAGUAUUUUGAGCCCUGUGACAGAUAACAAAUCAAACCUUGUGGGAACUGUGGGAGGCCCAGAAGAAUACCCCAGAGCCAUGCAGUCUGAGGAGCUAUUCAGCAGGAAACUCAAAGCCCUGAAUGGGAGCAUGGGACCACCAACCUCCAAUAUGCAGGGAAAACCUGAUGUUUCAGGCAAAACAAAUGGGACUCCUGCCAUGCCUAAGAUGGGCGUCAGGGCCAGGGUGACAGACUGGCCACCAAGGAAAGAUGGGUGGGAUGGACGGCCUUCACCAAACUAUCAGAGUGUGAUACCAGUGUUUCAGAAUGGCCAGCAGGAGCAUACUGUGGAAUUAUUAGAGCAGGGUGAAGCAGUUUGUCUGGAAGUGGACUAUUCAGACAAAUACACGCUCAGCGACCUCCUCUGCCACUCCCCACAGAAGGGUCUUCACCCCAUCCGUCAACGCAGCAACAGUGAUGUCACCAUAAGUGACAUUGACUCUGAGGACAUAAUGGACCAGAAUGCUGUCAACCCGAACACUGGAGCCUCGCUGCACCGUGAGUAUGGCAGCACAUCCUCUAUAGACCGCCAGGGCCUAAGUGGGGAUGGCUUCUUCACCAUGCUUAAGGGCUAUCGAGUGGACACCCUGGACCACCGUAGUAUACCGCCUAUGGGUUUCCCUGAGUUAUUGCGCUGUGAUGCUGCACUCUCCCCUAGCCUGCAGACAGCAGCCCAGAUAGCUAGAGGCGAGAUAGUCCACAUUCCAGGCUAUGACUACAUAGACAGUUCUCUGCUAUACAGCCAGGAACGGGAGAAGUCUUUCAUGAGGCGUCUCAAAUCGGAAUCAUCUGAAACAUCUCUGUUCAGGAAACUGCGGACCAUAAAGAGUGAGAGUGAUGCCUUGCGGCUCUCAUUAGAGGAUGACCGGCGACCACUCAGCUUUCAAAAAUGCUUUUCCCACUAUGAUGUCCAGAGUGUUCUAUUUAACAUCAGUGAAGCGGUGGCAAGCCGAGCUAAUCUGAGCCAGAGAAAAAACACAACUACUGGGGCUUCAGCUGCCUCAGCUGUUGGCAUUGGAGCUGGUGUAGGGGCUGUAGCUGGAGCUGGAGCUGGAGCUGGACCUGGAGCUGGAGCUGGAGCUGGACCUGGACCUGGAGCUGGACCCGGGCUUGGACCUGUACCUGUACCUGUACCUGUAUCUGUACCAGGAACGGAUGGUGGAGCAGUAGGAUGUAGCAGUGGAAAUGCCCCUAUGUUUGAGUCCCCUCUUGGCAGCAGGGAGGACUUGAACCCCAAAGAGAACCUUGACGCUGAUGACGGGGAUGGGAAGAGUAACAACUUAGUGCUGAGCUGCCCACACUUUCGCAAUGAGAUUGGUGGUGAAGGCGAGAGAAAGAUCUCCCUUUCCAGAGUAAACAGUGCCAACUACAGUGGUAUGUCAGAGAGUUGCUCGUUUGAAUCCUCUUUAAGUUCCCACUGCACCAACGCAGGAGUGUCUGUACUGGAGGUGCCUCGAGAAAAUCAACCCAUUCACAGGGAGAAGGUCAAACGCUACAUCAUUGAACACAUUGACCUAGGAGCAUACUACUACCACAAGUUUUUUUAUGGGAAAGAGCAUCAAAACUAUUUCGGGGUAGAUGAGAAUUUGGGACCUGUGGCAGUGAGCGUCCGGAGGGAGAGGUUGGACGAAGGAAAGGAGAAAGACGGAAUGCAGUUCAACUAUCGGGUCACCUUCAGAACUAGUCAGCUCACCACACUUCGAGGAGCCAUCCUGGAGGAUGCCAUUCCAUCCACAGCAAGACAUGGGACAGCGCGUGGCCUGCCGCUGAAAGAAGUGCUGGAGUAUGUCAUCCCUGAGCUUAAUAUCCAAUGUCUGAGGCUCGCCCUCAACUCCCCCAAGGUCCCGGAGCAGCUCCUGAAGCUGGAUGAGCAGGGGCUAAGCUUCCAGCACAAGGUAGGAGUGCUUUACUGUAAGGCGGGACAGAGCACAGAAGAGGAGAUGUACAACAACGAGAGCCCUGGACCGGCACUCGAAGAGUUCUUGGAUCUGCUCGGCCAGAGGGUGCGGCUCAAAGGCUUCACCAAGUACAGAGCUCAGCUGGAUAACAAGACCGACUCCACGGGCACUCACUCUCUCUACACCACCUAUAAGGACUAUGAGCUGAUGUUCCAUGUGUCCACUCUGCUCCCCUACACACCCAACAACAGACAACAGUUAUUAAGGAAGAGGCACAUUGGCAAUGAUAUUGUCACCAUAGUCUUUCAGGAACCUGGGGCCCUUCCUUUCACUCCAAAAAACAUCCGCUCUCAUUUCCAACAUGUGUUUGUCAUCGUCAAAGUCCACAACCCCUGCACUGAUAAUGUCUGCUACAGUGUUGCUGUGUCCAGAUCUAAAGACGUGCCUCCAUUCGGGCCCCCUAUUCCCAAAUCUGUAACUUUCCCAAAGUCAGCCGUUUUCAGGGACUUCCUGCUUGCCAAGGUCAUCAAUGGAGAGAACGCUGCACACAAGUCAGAGAAGUUCCGAGCCAUGGCAACUCGCACACGCCAGGAAUACCUAAAGGACCUUGCAGAGAACUUUGUCAGCGCUACAGCGAUAGACUCUGCUGUCAAAUUCAGCUUCAUCAACCUCGGAGCCAAGAAGAAGGAAAAGGUGAAACCAAGGAAGGAUGCACACCUGUUCAGUGUGGGAGCCAUCACCUGGAGUGUGUGUGCACGGGACUUUGGUCAGUCAAUGGAUGUGGACUGCUUGCUUGGCAUAUCCAAUGAGUUCAUUGUCCUCAUUGAGGAGGAAUCAAGAAAUGUGGUGUUCAACUGUUCGUGUCGCGAUGUCAUUGGAUGGACCUCAGGGAUUAUGAGCAUUAAGAUCUUCUAUGAGCGCGGGGAGUGUAUCAUGCUGUCUGCCCAUGAUAACUGUGGAGAAGACAUCAGGGAGAUGGUGCAAAGACUUGAGAUCACCACUAGAGGCUGUGAGACAUCGGAGAUGGUUUUGCGCCGGAACGGCCUUGGUCAGCUUGGUUUCCAUGUCAACUUUGAGGGAAUCGUAGCCGACGUGGAGCCCUUUGGCUUCGCGUGGAAGGCAGGACUGAGGCAGGGCAGCCGACUGGUGGAGAUCUGCAAAGUGGCUGUCGCUACCCUCACGCAUGAACAAAUGAUCGACCUACUGCGCACCUCCGUCUCUGUCAAAGUGGUCAUAAUUCAGCCUCAUGAAGACGGCACCCCACGAAGGGGCUGCUCCGAGCUCUACCGCAUACCAAUGGUGGAGUACAAGGUCGACAGUGAGGGCACACCCUGCGAGUACAAGACACCUUUCAGGAGAAACACCACCUGGCAUCGCAUGCCCACAACUGCCGGUCCUCCUCUGUCCCGAGGCUCGCCCACACAGGGUCCUGAUCGACUACAGUGCCAGCAGAUCCUUCAGCAGCACCAGGCAGCAAUCCCACGAAGCACCUCCUUUGAUAGGAAGUUGCCAGAUGGGUCAAGGACAAUGCAGGAUAUCGAGAACCCCCAGAUCACCUCAUGUAACAAGGGAGACCAUCACUACCGCAGCUCCCCCAGUAACCAGUCCUCCUCCAGUGAUCCAGGUCCGUGCGGCAGCAGCAGCACCUGGUCCCAGCAGCCUGGAUACGAUGGAUGUCCCUCCCCUAUUCUUCAUGAGCAUGCAGGGGACAUGCAGAGCGGCGAUGGGGAGAUCCACAGGGAAAGAGAGCCCACACUUGAGAGGACCAGAUCUGCAGAGGCCAAAUGGCACAUUCCCUCCACCAAGAUCCUCAACCCUCUGAAGCAAAGAGAAGGAGGAAAAGACUCACCCAACAAGCUGUCCAGGACGGGUGAUAAAAACUCAAGCCACUCAAGUAGCAACACCCUAUCAAGCAACGCCUCCAGUAACAGCGAUGACAAGCACUUUGGCUCUGGAGACUUGAUGGACCCGGAGAUGCUGGGCCUCACUUACAUCAAAGGGGCGUCUACCGACAGCGGCAUCGACACUAAUCCCUGCAUGGCCCCUGGGGCUCGGGUGCUGCUGCAGAGCAGGAUGGGAGAGCAGGGACACCCAUGGGUGUCGGAGCAACAUGAAGACAGGACAUCAGAAGAGGACCAUGGGAAACUGUAUUUACCGCAGGGCUAUGCUUCUGCCAUUAUGUCUAGUCAUGGGACGGAGGGCAGCAUUGGAGACCUCAGUGAGAUCUCUUCCCAUUCAAGUGGCUCACACCAUUCUGGCAGUCCACUCGCCCGUGGGGCCAGAUACUGUGUGUCAGCUGACUCCUCCAAGGUGUACACCAUUCCUCAGACCAGCAAUUCAGGGCCAGAGCCAGAGCAGGGGCCUGUUUCAGAGGCCUGUGGACAGACACUGCCAGAGCCUGAACUGCCAGUGGGUAUGAAGAGGACUGAUGAUGAUGAUGAUGAUGAUGAUGAAGCCCAAGUCACUGAGGGACCUCCCAACAUUUCAGAGUGUGGAGGAGCGGAGAGCUUGUUAGCCUUCCUUCUCAAAAUGCUACACGAGCGUUCAAGACAGCUGUAUGCACAGGAGGCGGCCUGCCGGCUCCAGGCAGCUGAGCAGGAUGGAGAGUCACUGCAGAGACUCUCAAAAGAAGAAUACCUUAAAAUGAUGCUGCCUGACAGCCCUCCGGGAGAGGACAGGUCUCGGAAGGUGUCAGCAGUUGGCAAUUUGUCACCCAGACGCUCCUUGUACCGGACGCUGUCAGAUGAGAGUGUGUGUAGUAGUAACCGCAAGGGUUCGUCCUACACCAGCUCGCACAGCUCCAUGCUGGACCAAGCCAUGCCUAAUGACAUCCUGUUCAGCACCACCCCACCUUACCACAGCACACUGCCGCCACGCAUGAUCCACAACCAGGGCGCAUCCAACCUAAGAAAUGAGUUUUGGUUCUCUGACGGCUCCUUGGCGGACAGGUCCAAGUUCAGCGACCCAGGCCUCAUGCCUCUCCCAGACACUGCCUCAGGCCUGGACUGGUCCCACCUGGUUGAUGCAGCACGAGCCUUUGAAGAUCAGCGCGUGGCGUCUUUCUGCACCAUGACGGACAUGCAGCGCGCCGAGGCUUUGCAGAUCUCCAGAGAGCUGACCAGACGAGUGGUGGAAGCGGAGGGAGCAGCACUGGAAGCAGACAGCAGAUCCCCAUCCACGCUAACGGGCAAAGUCAACCAGUUGGAGGUGAUUCUCCGGCAGCUGCAGAAUGACCUGCUGAAGGAGAAAGAGGACAAGGCGAUGUUGCAGGAGGAAGUGCAACACCUGAGACAGGACAAUAUGCGACUGCAGGAGGAGAGCCAGACGGCGGCGGCUCAGCUCAGGAAGUUCACAGAAUGGUUUUUUCACAGCAUUGAUAAGAAGCCUUGAAAGAGAGAGAGAGAGAGAAAGAGAAAGAAAGAUGGUCUUCACUCCAGCUGGGCUCCCACUCAACUCCGACUUAAGACUCCCAGAUGAUCCACAUGCAACCUAAAAAUCUAAAAAAUAUAUUACUAGUCCCCAGAGCAAUUAAGACUUUCAUAAAUAAGCUUAGGAGACAGUCAUGCAGCCAUGUAUGGAGCGAUUCUAAACUCUGAUCUGGACCUUAGCUUUGUGAUCCUCCUCCGUUGGCAGUACAGUGCUGAUUCUCCACGCGGGAAAACAAGACUCGAGGGAAACAUCGUCACAUCCAGUGCUGGAAAGAUUCUGAGAAACGCCCCCCGUACGCUUGCGUCCCUUGGAUCUUCUUACAGUAGUGGAAUGUAAUGCUCAUUUACUGUAGUCAACAUAUAAUCUACCUACGUGUGUCACGUCAGUCUACUGUACUGUAUGCUCAGCUGUACUGUCUCUUACUGCGCACAAUGUCACACAGCUGUUUCUGUGCCGCCUUUCAUGGACAAAGGAAAGUAGGGAGUGGGGUGCGGAGGGGAAGGGAGGGGAGGGGAGGAAUGUAUUGGACGUAAUGAAGUGGUACUUACUGUCUGCUUGCACCAAGAGGAAUCCACAUGUGUCGGUCGUGAAGCGUACUGUGUGUGUGGGGGACUAUGAAUGUAGCUCAACUCGAGACCCUUUUCUUUUCUCUUCUCUGGAUUCCCAAAGUCACAACAGUUUCGAGGUUUGAUGUUUUUUGGGCCUUUUUUUUUUUUGCUUUUCAACUUAUUCCACGUUUUCGUUUCCUCCGUGUCGUAUCGUAGGGUCACAUGGCAGUCAUUCUGGUGUUUCCGAGGUGCUUUUUCCCCUACAAAACACGUUCUGUCAGUACUUUCACUGUCACGAUGUCCUAGCAAUAACAAAGUGGUAGUUAUAAAACUGUGUUAAAGAAAAAACAAAAAAAAAUAAGUAAGUUA